CUAUAUACCAGCUACAAUCGCUUGGGAAGGGAUGCGGAUGAGGCAGAUGUGGACAAGAUCAUUGACAUGGCUAAUAAAGCCUCCAUUGCUGAUCAACAGAUACAAGUCCAAGAAAACAUUCAUCUCCAAAUUAAAAACUUCUGCGUGUCUAUGGAUGAAGUUCUUCUCCCUAAUGUUAAGAAGAUAAAUGAGGGAACCGAAUCACCUAAACAAUCAAAUGCUGCUACUCGACGAAGUGCUUUUAGUUUUGCUAUUGGUAGGACUUACACUUGCGUUUAUGCUGAUAGUUAUGAUUUUCAGUACAGAGGUGCCCGAGAAAGGCCAUUAGAGCGCACUGAUGUUUCUCAAAAGUUGUAAGAUCUCAUUGGCUACACGCUUGGUAUCAAGCCUUCUCAAAUACCCCACAAGGAAGUGGGACAAGGGUUAUUUCUAAAUGGUGAAUGUGAUGUUGGUGCUGUGGUGGCCGUGUACCCUGGUGUAGUAUAUUCCCCAGCGUAUUACCGCUACAUUCCUGGAUACCCAAGGGUUAAUGCACAAAACUCAUUGAUCACAAGGUAUGAUGGAACUGUGAUCAAUGCUCAACCUUGGGGUUAUGGGGGUGAAACCCGUGACUUUUGGGAUGGUUUAACUGUACCAGAAACCAGGCCUAGUAAGCAGCGAGAUGAGAAAGGUCGAGAUCGGAUCUGGAGACUCCUCAGUAAGCCUUUGGAUCAGAGGAAAUUGGGAAAAAGUGGCGACGUAAUAGAGCGGAGGAACCCAUUAGCUUUGGCUCUUUGCAACCAUCCGGCAAAGGAUAUGUCUCCAAAUGUUAUGGUUUGCCCUUAUGACUUCCCACACCGAAAAGAAAGAAGGGUCUAUAUUCCAAAUGUAAUAUUUGGAGAUGCAGAAGAAGUGAAGAGGAAGAGAUUUGGAAGCUUUUGGUUCAAGCUUGGAGGUUCAAAAAAUAGCGGCUCAGAUGUUCCUGUUUUGAAGAGUCUUGUCCUGGUGGCUACAAGGGCACUUUGUGAUGAAGUGGUGCUUCUGAACUAUACGUUGAGCAACUAACGUCGGCCAGAGUGGUAUACUCCUGUUGAUGAGGAGGAAGACCGAAGGCGGUGGAGCUAA